CAGUUACCGUUGCACUUUCGAAGCUUGUUUCUUUACAUUGUCAAUUUAAUUUGCUCAAAUUCGCUUUAAUUUUUUAUUUUCUUCACUCUUCUUGGAUCUGUCUUACUUUCCAUUUGUAUAAGCUCUCCUUGGUUUCCGAGAGAGUUGAGCAGCCGGUGAGGAAUUUGAUUCUUUGUUUGGAUUUUGAAAAGUCUCUUCGUACAAAGCAAGCUGGCAGGCUGCAUGUCUUAAUUUGUACUAACUGGUGUUUUUUCUUUUUUUAAGAUUCGUGAUUUUAUUUUCUUGCAUUUUCCCGGGAAACAAACAGGAGAUAGGACCAAUGUGGCCAGUUUUAGUAAGACAAUUAUUUCACGGAGAAAAAAGGAGGAACUGCGCGUUGAUUAUUUUGAGCCAAGUUCGUAUAAAAUUCUUAGAAAAUUAAAUUUAAUUAGUAAAGGGACAAAAUCAACGAGCCUGAAGCGAUUUGACAAAUUCAAUAUUUUUUAUUAAAUUUUGUGAGAUUGUUACUUGUAGUGUUAGUUUUAUAAUCAAACAUUAAAACCGAAGUGGUCCCUACGUCAUUAGUUCCGAUGGUUAGUGAUUUAACUGUAUUACAUAGUUAUAUCUGUUGGCCACUACCAGGUGGUCUAGAAGUUAAGAAGUCACCACACAAUUUUAAAUGGAGCAAGCUUUUUCUUGUUUAUUUCUUUUUGGUCAUCAAGGGAUAUAAUAAUAGAGCCACUGAAGUAGGAUAGUACAUGCUCCCUUCUAUUGGAUCACUAGUAGCGGGUUAGGGAAGGCAUUGACUGUGUGGACUUGUUCGUUAGUUUCAUGUUUCAGUACAGUAUGUAUGAUGGGCGUCCCUGAAAAAUGUUGUGAUAGUCAUUUUUUUCUCUUGGAAAUUUAUCAACGCUGAAAGAGAUGAUUAAUGAAUUUGGAAUCUCGCAGCUUGGCAACAGUUAAUGAAUUUGGGAUCUUGCAGCUUGGCAGCCUUCUGUGGAACAUUUAAUGAAGUUGUGUGGUGAAUUUGGCAUUGGUUCCAGAGUGAUUAAGCUGUGGUUUGUCAGGACUGAAGUACAUGUUUGUGAGCUUGCGAGGCUUGGUUGCUAGUUCAACCUGGUAGCUGACUGAGAAUGAGAGGAUCUAAAACUCCUUGAAAAUGAAAUGAUCCUUCUACAUUUAUAUCUCAGAUUCUGGUUUUUAUCUGACUGAAGAUCAGAAGAUGUCAACUGUUUGUCCUGUAUAUAUUGAUCUUUUCCUCUUUAUUAGCACCUUGGCCUGGACUUCCAUUGCACAAGUUUCUUAGAGAUUCAUUCACGUGAAGAACAUAAAUUGUAGGAUAUUGGAUCCUUUAAGCUCGAUCACAAGAGAGAUCAGUCUCAAGAACUUCAACAUCCCUGUUUGAACAGCAGAAUGAAGAAGAGGUACGGUGGUGUUCUGUUUGCAUCCUUGUUCAUGUUAGUGGUCCUUAGAUAUGGGCUCCUGAAAAAUCGAAUAGGAGAAAUUUAUUUUUUGAGUCCCUCCAAUGCAAGUGAGCCUCUUGAAUGGGUGCAUCAUGCUCUCCAACCUGCAGUUCAAAACCCAGAGAAUUCUUCUCAAGUUUUUUCUACAGAUAACAUUGUCUCCAGUCUGUUUGCUCUGAGAAAUAUUUCCAAUGAAGAGCAAAAAUCUCUGCAGACAUGGAAUCUACUAAAACACUUGAUUGAUCAUGCUCAGGUUUUAUCAAAUGGAGUAGAAGCUAUUAAGGAAGCUGGAAAUGCAUGGAGCAGCCUAAUGGCUUCCAUCGAAGAGCAAAGACUUGGUUAUACAAAUGAAAGUUCAAAUAGGAGAGUCAAAGAGAAACAAUGUCCUCAUUUUCUUAACAUAAUGAAUGCCACAGAGCAUGAUAAUAGCGGUUAUAAAUUGUGGCUUCCUUGUGGCCUGACUCAGGGUUCUUCCAUCACAAUUAUUGGCAUUCCAGAUGGUCUUCUUGGCAAUUUUCGGAUUGACUUAACCGGGGAAGAACUUCCUGGGGAGCCUGAUCCACCCAUCAUUUUACAUUACAAUGUUAGGCUUCAUGGUGAUAAGAUUACAGAGGAUCCAGUAAUAGUCCAAAACACCUGGACUGUGGCUCAUGACUGGGGUGAAGAGGAGCGUUGUCCUUCUCCAUCUCCUGAAAAAAUUAAGAAAGUGGAUGAGUUGGAUCAAUGUAAUAAGAUGGUGGGAAGAAAUGAUACCCGGGUGACUGGCAUGCAUUCUGAUGGUUCAAGAAGGUCUUCAUUUCAGGAAGGAACUAAAGUAAGAAGAUAUUUUCCAUUUAAGCAAGGUCAGCUAUCUGUUGCAACGCUUAGAGUGGGAAUGGAAGGCAUCCAGACGAUUGUUGAUGGGAAGCAUAUAACAUCUUUUGCAUACCGUGAAACUUUGGAGCCAUGGCUAGUAAGUGAAGUUAGGAUUUCUGGGGAUGUAAAGCUAAUUUCAGUUGUGGGUAGUGGUCUACCUACAUCAGAGGAUUCAGAGCAUGCAAUUGAUCUAGAAGUACUCAAAUCAGCUCCUCUCUCCCCAAAAAGAUCAUUGGAUCUCUUUAUUGGUGUUUUUUCUACAGCAAACAAUUUUAAGCGCAGGAUGGCUGUUCGCAGAACGUGGAUGCAGUAUGCUGCAGUGCGAUCAGGGGAAGUUGCAGUGCGCUUUUUUGUUGGUCUGCAUAAAAGUCAAAUAGUGAAUGAGGAACUCUGGAAUGAAGCGCGGACAUAUGGAGACAUGCAGCUGAUGCCUUUUGUUGACUACUACAGCCUCAUAACCUGGAAAACUUUAGCUAUCUGCAUCUUUGGGACGGAGGUUGCAUCAACCAAAUAUGUGACAAAGACUGAUGAUGAUGCAUUUGUUCGUGUGGAUGAAAUGCUAGCUUCUUUAAAGAGGAUCAAAGUGAGUCAUGGCUUGCUCUAUGGAUUAAUCAAUUCAGACUCGCGGCCUCAUAGGAGCACUGAAAGCAAGUGGUAUAUUAGCCCAGAGGAAUGGUCUGAAGAGACAUACCCCCCUUGGGCACAUGGUCCUGGUUAUGUGGUGUCACGAGACAUUGCCGAGGCGGUUUACAAGAGAUACAAAGAGGGCCGUUUAAAGAUGUUUAAGCUAGAAGAUGUAGCAAUGGGUAUCUGGAUUGCGGAAAUGAAAAGGGAGGGUUUGGAAGUUAAAUAUGAGAUGGAAGCGAGGGUCUAUAAUGAAGGGUGCAAGGAUGGCUAUGUUGUUGCCCACUACCAAGGUCCUAGGGAAAUGCUUUGUCUAUGGCAGAAACUUCAAGAAGGAAAUGGUGCUAGAUGCUGUGGGUGAACGAUAGACUUGCCAUUUUUGUUACUAGGGCUUUACAAAACCACAUGCUUUAAUAGAAUAAUCUCCUUAACCAAUCUCCAAUUGAAAAUUUUGCUUACCAUAUUGAGUAAAUAGUCUCAUCAGAGAGGAGUCGCUGGCUCCAAGGGCUUUCACAAAAUACCACUGUACAAUUAUUACACUUCGAGUUGUUAUAUUUAGUGACCAGGUGCCUUGUACAUUGGAAAAAUUAGUGCCUUGUAUGGAUAGAGAGUUCUAUCUCGUAACAAGUUUGUAGAAAUUCUUCUCGUCAUAAUAUAGGUAAUAGGCAUUUUGCCCUUGCAUGUUCUUUC